CUGAUAUAGAAAAGGAUAGGCGACACAAAGUAUUGCUACUCUUAGAUCAUAGAUGUUGGCCCUAGAUCGGGAAAGCUAUAACCGCAUCUGUCUUUUACAUAUCUCUGGUAAAAUCUAAACAAAAUGCUGGAAAGUGACGAGACUGUGACUAUUACAGACACCACCGAGUUACUCGGAGAUGUCACAUCUCUCUACCUCAACCAGAAAUUUUCUGAUAUUACGUUGCUAGUCGAUGACCAAAAGCUAUACGCUCACAAGGUGAUUCUGGCCGUGAGGAGUAAAUACUUUGAGUCUAUACUUUACGAAGAUCCGCAAAACACAAACCAGACCGAAAUAACAAUAACCGAUAUGCCUUUUGACGCUUUACGUGGUCUAUUAAAAUACAUUUAUACAGAUACCAUCGAUGUCGAUUCAACACCUCAGAUAUUUGAAUUUGCCCAUCAACAUUCAUUAACAGAUUUACAAACUACCAUCGUUAAAAAACUAAAACCCCUUCUAAAUUUGAAAAAUAUUUGCGCCGUCCUCAACACUGCCAAUCUCUACAAUUUAGAAGAACUGCUCGUAGCCUGCUAUUCUUUCAUGGACGUUUACGCACCUGAAGUCGUCACCAGUGACUGUUUCACCGACCUGUCCCAAAAAUCGAUGAUUCAACUUUUACAACGCAAUAGUUUUACUGCUCCUGAAAUCGAAAUUUUCAAAAGCGUGACUAAGUGGUGCAAAAUUAACAACGUUGUUGAAGAUUUAGUUAUACAGUGUGUUCGUUUAUCGUGGAUGACAGCCGAGGACAUCGUAACUACAGUCUGGCCUUCGAAACUAUUCGACUGUGAAAAGUUGUUACAGGCCAUUGCCGAGAUCGUGGGCGCCAAAACAAAAACUUCCCCUUCAAGAGGGUUCUAUCUUGUGGGUGAAAAUCUAGCAACUGCUGAACACAACGCUGAAGUGAUUCUUGGAAAAAAUACAUCUUGGUUGUUGACAGGCGAUGGAAACAUAAGAAGUAAAUAUGCAUACCACGGUAUAGACGGUAAAAGUGGAAUUAUUGUGAAGCUUGGUACUCCAUGUUUUGUUAACCACUUCAAAAUGAGACUAUGGGACGGGGAUACCCGGUCUUAUUCUUAUUACAUUUCGGUUUCUCUUGAUCAGAAGAAUUGGAGAAGAGUUAUUGACUACAGUCGUAUUAGGUGUGGUUCAGACCAGGUUCUGUUUUUCAUUCAGCAGAUGGCUCAGUAUAUAAAAAUUGUAGGGACGCAAAAUACAGCCAACGAAAAAUCGAUGAUUCAACUUUUACAACGCAAUAGUUUUAUUGUUCCUGAAAUCGAAAUUUUCAAAAGCGUGGCUAAGUGGUGCAAAAUUAACAACGAUGUCGAUGAUUUAGUUAUACAGUGUGUUCGUUUAUCGUCGAUGACUGUCGUGGACAUAGUAACUACAGUCUGGCCUUCGAAACUAUUCGACUGUGAAAAGUUGUUACAGGCCAUUGCCGAGAUCGAUGAAACUUCCACUUCAAGAGGGUUCUAUCUUUUGGGCGAAAAUAUAGCAACUGCUGAACACAACGCUGAAGUGAUUCUUGGAAAAAAUACAUCUUGGUUGUUGACAGGCGAUGGAAACAUAGGAAUGAAAUAUGCAUACCACACUAUAGACGGUAAAAGUGAAAUUAUUGUGAAGCUUGGUACUCCAUGUUUUGUUAACCACUUCAAAAUGAGACUAUGGGAUGGGGAUAACCGUUCUUAUUCUUAUUACAUUUCGGUUUCUCUUGAUCAGACGUAUUGGAGAACAGUUAUCGACUACAGUUGUAUUUGUUGUGGUUCAGACCAGGUCCUGUUUUUUAGUCAGCAGAUGGCUCAGUAUAUAAAAAUUGUAGGGACGCAAAAUACAGCCAAUCAAGAUUUUCACAUCAUAUCCUUUGAAGCAUAUUUCAAAAGUGAUAUACCUACAAUGAGAAAUGAUAUUAUUUGCCCCAAUUACAAUGUUGCAACUGUAGACAAGAAAGCGAUUGUUAUUGAAGGUGAAGGAGAAUGUCUCUCCGACUUGUUUGAUGGUUCUUUAGAUCGCACUAAUUGCUAUCACAAAAUAGACCAUGGACAUAUUACAAUACAACUAGCUCAACCUUACAUGAUUUCAACAAUGAGAUUUUUAUUAGAUGAUUGUUCUGAUGCCAGACACUAUAAUUAUUUGGUUGAAACUUCUAUCAAUUAUUCAGAUUGGGAGAUUGCUGUUGAUCGAAGAAAUGAAAAUUGCUCACUUUGGCAGAAUCUUCAUUUUGAAGAAAGGGCUGUGGUUUUCAUUAGAAUAACCGGAACUUACGACUCUUUACUCGACGAUUUUCUUAUGUCGCACUUCGAAUGUCCCUCCGAGAUGAAGAAUACUUAAAUGAAAAAUCUGGCUAUUGCUAACAUGGUGUUUACAAAACGCAUGCUUUAUAUGACAAAUAAUAAAAUAAAUUUAUCAUA